AUGGCUUUCCCAGUAGAGGUUUUCGUGGUGCUCUUUCUAUUUUGUAGUGUGAUGCUUGUAAAUGGUGAUGUUCUCUUUGAUGAAAAUUAUCAAGUCACUUGGGGUCAUCAUCACGCCUUGCUUGAGAAUGGAGGGACACAGAUGCAAAUUUACUUGGAUAACACUACUGGGGCUGGGUUUGGAUCGAAGCAAACGUUCGGCGCUGGGUGGUUUGAAAUGAGGAUCAAGGUACCAGUGAGGGAUUGUGCUGGAGUUGUCCUAGCUUUUUAUCUGAGAUCACAGGGUGUUAAUGGCCAGGAUGAGCUAGACUUUGAGUUCCUGGGUAACAGAGAAAACAGGCCAAUCACACUGCAGACAAAUGUGAUUACAAACGGUCAAAACUACAGAGAGCAAAGGACAGUCUUUUGGUUUGACCCAACAGCAGAUUUUCAUGGCUACAAGAUUCUUUGGAACCAUCAUCAAGUUGUGUUUUAUGUCGACGAGAUCCCCAUCAGGGUUUUUAGGAACAACAAGAAGUUUAAGGUUGCCUAUCCAACGCGGCCGAUGGAAAUCGCUGUAAGCAUAUGGGAUGGAUCGAGUUGGGCAACUGAUGGAGGCCGAGAAAAGAUCGACUUCACCCGAGCACCAUUUAGAGCUUAUUUCCGAAAGUUUGACAUGCAUGCCUGUGUGGUAGACAGGUACAAGACCGAGGUUUCGGAAUGUUAUGCUACCAAAUAUUUGUGGAACCAUAGGGUCUUCAGGCAACUAAACGCAACCGAACAAGCAGCAUACGACAGGGUGAGAAGAGAUUUUAUGAACUAUGACUAUUGUACUGAUCAUCAAAGGUUCAAUAAUGCACUUCCUAGAGAGUGCACUCUUGGUAGUUCAAACCAGCAAUAUAAUGGAACUACCUAG